AGGCGGGCGGGGACCGCGACCCGCGGCGGCGGCCGGAGGAGCGGGGCGGGGCGCGACGGGGCGCGUAGUGGGAAAGAGGAAGUGGAACCGGGCGAGCUGCAGGGCUUGAGGCGGCCGGAGCCGGCGCUGGAGCGCAGCUCACCGCGGAGCCUGGCGCUCAGGAGCCGCCCCUCUCCCGUAAGCGCGGCCAGGACUAUUCCAGAGACCGGACAAGGGAAGCUGGAGGCCUCGACCACGCACCCGAAUCUGCAGAGGAAGGACAUGCUGCCUCUCUAGAGACCUUGUUCAUCACACCGGGCAAAGAGCAGGUGUUUACAUCUCCAUGUUACACUGCUGUGUAGCUGAAGCUGUUAAGAAGCCGGAAGAAUGUUGCGAUUCCUGUUGACUGACAUUCUAUUUCAAGCUAAGAAAAUCAUUGGGGCUCUCUCUUUACCUGCUGGAAGUUACCUAUGUAUUUAAGACAUGAUUUCAUGUAGUGCAGGCUGGCCUUUAACUCACUAUGUAGCUAAGGGUGACCUUGAACUUCUUGUCUUCUACUUUCCAAGUGCUAGGAUCUCAGGCAUUCUCCACACCAUGGUUUCAUACAGUACUAGGGUCAGACCCGGGUUUUGCACAUGCUUGUCGGUCCCAACACUGUCUUUAAAGUAUCUAGGAUGAGCUCUUAAUUCCUGGGAAUGAAUGAGAUUUCCCACUGUAAAACAAUUAGUAACUGAUCAAUCUCACAUUAGUAACUGAUCAACGGUGUUAAAUUUUAUUCGGCUCAGAUCCAUUGAUUGAGAACCUACUGUGCUGAGAAUACUGCCUGACCAAGCUGAGAGAUGGUCUCCAUAGAGACACAAUUAGGGUGAUGGGAAAAUCAGAGUGGUGGGCGUGCUACUCUCCACUGGUCCUCGAGGGAUCCUCUAGAGGAGGCAACAUUUCCUCGGGACCCUAAUAAUAAUGAGUUCUAAGAGCCCUUUGAAAUAUACUGUAUUCCCUUCUGGAAAUCAAAAUGUUAGGCAAGCACUCUACCACCAAACUGCAUCCCCAGCUCCAAAUAUACUAUUUUCUGUCUUUUUAAGAACUGUCGUCUGUGUUUUUGGUCUCACUUUGUUAAGCCAAGGCAGCCUUAGACUCUGCAUCCCCCUACAUCCACUUCCGGCAUCCUGCAUGGAAAUGUAUUUUUAUUUAUACUGCAUGCAUAUCCAUAGCUGCGCCGUGUCCCACCGAUGCCUUGCCCUGGGACAGAACCUUCUUUCCUGUCUCUUAGCUCUCAAAUACUAACUUGGAUUUGACAAAGAGUUUAAUUGAAUAUUUCAAUACAUCUAUGACCCGAUGUAUUUUUAACAAUCACUCUGGUCUGGCCCAAGGGUCUCAGUGAAUCCUUCUUAAGUGCGCUUACUUUACUCGUGACUUGUAAAGGGGAAAGCUGAGCCCUUCCUACAGCCAGCUCAUUCCCUUGGCAGACAUCUGCUAAUGUCUGGGAAUCCUUACUGCAGUGUGGCUGCCUCUCUAGAGCAAAGGCGUUAGCUGCCUGCGAGCUGGCGAUCUUCUGUUUUCGAGAUUUUACUGAACACAAAUGUUGAAUGUGCCUUUGCCCCUCCCUAUCCCAGGAGGCCAACUGGCCCUGUGAUGGAGACGGUUUUGGGUUUUUGUACAAUCAAGCAGCAGAGGCUGCGCUCCAUUCAGGACGCCUUGGCUGCUCUGGCAAGCCUCUGGCUUUUCACACCAAGCUCACUUCCUUCCAAUAGGACUCCACCCUCCUCCUGGGGAAGGAUUGAUGGGCUGCUACAGUCAGUGCUGGUUUUUCUGAGCACCCUCUAAACUCCCAGCCCUGGUCAGGACCUUUGCUCCGCACCCCUACCUGGAGCCUGCUCUUGUCCGCAGCUCUCGCCCCUGCUCUCCUGUGUCUUUAACCCCUCGGUGAGGGUGAGCAUGCGCGUUUACUUCCAGCUGUGAGGAAGUGGACCUUUGUGUUGCUGUGCUCUUCAUGUGUGACACAUCACCCCAGUCCCUAGCCCUCCAUGUCUUUCCUAUCACCCUCUCCGAACCUAACUACUGAUGCCAGGGCAAAGUGCCCUUCUUGUACCGGGUCUGACAGGGAGGAUAGAUUAAUGCCCGGCCCAGGAAAAAACAAAAUGCAGGCCCUUUCCCCUUCCUGAGCCACCCUUCCCUUCUUCCCUCCACCUUCCCAUGUGACUAAACAUCCCCACGUCCCUGGAGGUCUUCAGAACAGGCACCCGGCCUGACUGAAAUCUGAGUCUUGGGGAACAAGUAGCUGCAAAGCAGAAGUCAUUCCUUCGCAUUCCGAGGAUGCGCGUUAACCACGGUCCGGCUUGGAUCAAGGUGAUUUAAAGCUGCCACCAACCCGUGAUGAGAAAGUCGGCGAAGAGCUGAGGCCACCAGGAGAAGGGAAGGGGCUCUCAGAGCUCAGCCCCCGUGGCUGUGAUUACAGGCGUCCUCAAACCCUGACAUCUGCGCUUCUCUGAUGUGCUGCACGGGAGAAAGACUGUAAUCGGAGGCAUAAAUGUACCACCCUGUGUUUGCUCCCUUGAACCGCAUAGCCCUGUCAUUAGUGUGAGACAGUAGGAGUCGUGGGUAAAGACGUCAGAAAAGCCAGCGCCAACUGUGAAAAGCAGGCUGCCUAAGAUGCCUGCCAGCCCCAGCCCCAGCGCCAGUGACUGUGACGAACCCCACAAACUCGUACAGCCAUGCUAUGACUUCAGGAAGGACAGAUGGAGGUGCCCAACAACAUUGCCUGCCCUCUGACACAGGGCAAAGAAAGUCUCAAAACAAUGAUGGGCAUCGCCGGCUGCAACCAAAAGGGCCGCCAGCUGUAACUCAAGUUCCUGAUCCAAGUACCACAGCUGAAGCUGCCCAGUCCCCAGAACCAAAGGCCAUGGAGCUUUCUGACAGUGACCGACCCAUCAGCUUCAGCUCCACCUCAUCCUCGGCCUCCUCCAGGGACAGCCAUGGCUCCAUUGGCAGCAGAAUGACUUUGGUUUCAAAUAGCCACUUGGGCUUAUUUCGCCAGGAUAAAGAAGCUGGGGCCAUAAAGCUGGAGCUGAUUCCAGCACGGCCAUUUUCCAGCAGCGAGCUGCAGAGGGACACCCCUUCCGGGCCACCGAACAUGGAUGGGGUCAGCGAGAGGCAGCCCAGGACCCAGUGGAGAGUGGACACAAAUGGGGCACCCCAAACCACUGCAGACUCGGACACCAGCCCCAAGCUCCUCUAUGUGGAUAGAGUGGUACAAGAAAUCCUGGAGACGGAGAGGACCUACGUGCAAGACCUAAAAAGCAUCGUGGAGGAUUACCUUGCCUGCAUCCGGGACCAAACAAAACUUCCCCUGGGGACUGAAGAUAGGGCUGCUCUUUUUGGAAACAUUCAGGAUAUCUACCACUUCAAUAGUGAACUUCUUCAAGAUCUGGAAAACUGUGAAAACGAUCCUGUGGCCAUAGCAGAAUGUUUUGUGUCAAAGAGUGAAGAGUUCCACAUUUAUACCCAGUACUGCACCAACUACCCAAGGUCUGUGGCCGUGCUCACCGAGUGCAUGAGGAACAAGAUGCUGGCCAAGUUCUUCCGGGAGCGCCAGGAAACUCUGAAACACUCACUGCCCCUGGGGUCUUACCUCUUAAAACCAGUUCAGCGGAUUCUCAAAUAUCAUCUUCUUUUACAUGAAAUAGAGAAUCACCUUGACAAGGACACCGAAGGCUAUGAUGUUGUGCUCGAUGCUAUAGACACGAUGCAGCGAGUGGCCUGGCACAUCAAUGACAUGAAGCGGAAGCAUGAGCAUGCUGUCCGCUUGCAGGAGAUCCAGAGUUUGCUAACUAACUGGAAGGGGCCAGACCUCACCAGCUUUGGGGAGCUGGUACUUGAGGGGACCUUCCGCAUCCAGAGGGCCAAGAAUGAGAGGACUCUCUUCCUCCUGGACAAGCUGCUUCUCAUCACAAAGAAGAGAGACGACACCUUCACAUACAAAGCUGACAUCCCGUGUGGCAACCUCAUGCUUGUGGAGAUCAUAACAAAGGAGCCGCUCAGCUUCAGUGUUUUUGACUACAAGAACCCCAAGAUACAGCACACAGUCCAGGCCAAAUCCCAGCAAGACAAACGCCUCUGGGUUCUGCACCUGAAGAGAUUGAUUCUGGAGAACCAUGCAGCAAAGAUCCCAGCUAAGGCCAAGCAGGCAAUACUCGAAAUGGAUGCCAUCCACCAUCCAGGCUUCUGCUACAGCCCUGAGGGACAGAUGAAGGCACCAUGUGGCUCCAAAGAAAACCCUGCACCGCAUCGGCAGAGGCGGAAAUCUGAACCUUCCUCCCGGACGCGCAAAGUGUUGAAGACCAGUGAAACUGCACAUGAUAUCCAGAAGGUUUCCAGAGAGGAAGGCUCUUCCCAGGUGACUUCCGCCACACCUUCUCCAGCCCAGAGGAACAGCCAGCCAAGCAGCGCCACCAUCGUCAGUAUGCUCCGCGGGGGCGGCGCCAUCAGAAGCCUCUGGACGGAUCCCCACAUCAGGCAGUCCUUGUUUCCCAGCCGCCGGUCUCCACAGGAGAAUGACGAUGAUGAUGACUACCAGAUGUUCGUCCCUUCCUUUUCAUCCUCCGAUCUCAAUUCCGCCAGGCUGUGCGAAGAGAAUACCUCCAGCCGCCCUUGCAGCUGGCACCUGGGACUGAUGGAGCCCGCCGAGAUCUCCAGCUCCAGUCACAGGAUUGUCCGGCGGGCCAGCAGUGCUGGUGAGAGCAACACGUGUCCUCCUGAAGUAAGAGUGAGGGACAGCAAUGGCUCUCGGUACUAUCCUGCCGGAGAACUGCAGCAUGGUCCUCAACUAGGAGGACAGGGAGGGAUGACUCCCUUUGGGUCGUCUGUGGAGUUGACGAUUGAUGAUAUAGACCAUGUCUAUGAUAACAUAAGUUUCGAAGACUUGAAGUUAAUGGUUGCUAAGCGGGAUGAAGCCGAAUCCUCUUUCCCCAAAUCACCCAGAGACUCUGUUCGCCCCAAGAGCACCCCAGAGUUAGCCUUCUCGAAGAGGCAGGCUAGCCACAGUACAAACUCUCUCUACUCAAAGAAAGAGGCAGCUCCCAGUGCCCAAGAGGCAUCUAACCAAAGCGUUCAUGAACUCCAAGUAGUGGAAGAAAACAUCUAUGACACCAUAGGGCUUCCAGACCAACCAUCACUGGACUUCAAAUGCAGUACACUCAAGCAGCCCAAAAGGAGCACCUUCCUGGGACUGGAGGCUGAUUUUGCAUGCUGCGACAGCCUGAGACCCUUCAUCUCCCAGGACAGUCUCCAGCUCAGUGAAGAGGAUGUGUCUUACCCUCAGGGGCCCUCCGAUACUGACUAUCUGAGUUUCUUGUAUGACUCUCCCCGCUGUAACCUGCCCAUCGCAGAUAAGGCUCUGUCAGACAAACUGUCUGAAGAAGUAGAUGAAAUCUGGAACGACCUGGAAAAUUACAUCAAGAAGAAUGAAGACAAAGCGAGAGACCGUCUCCUCGCUGCGUUUCCUGUCAGCAAAGACGACGUGCCAGAGAGGCUGUAUGUUGAGAGCACCCGUGAGCUGAGCAGAGAUUCGGGGCAUGCCUCAUCUAUGCUCUCCCUUCCGGGGAGCCAGGCUUUUCUCAUGCCUGGGCAAAGCAGGGUUGCCAGAGCUAGCAGGGUUAACUGCUCGCGUGAAGAUGACCUGAUUUCGACAGAAGGCUCCUUCGUGAGUCUUAACCAACUCUCUCUGGCUAGUGGAGUACCUCCUGUGGACAGUCCCUAUGAACUGGCCAACUACAGCCUGCCCCAAACAGACCCAGAAAACUCUGACCUUGGGAUGGAAGCCACAGAUAAGACCAAGAGCAGGGUCUUUAUGAUGGCAAGGCAGUAUAGUCAAAAGAUUAAGAAAGCCAAUCAGCUUCUGAAAGUGAGAAGCCCAGAGUUGGAGCAGCCACCACCCAGUCAGCAUAAGCCCAUUCCCAAAGACCUGGCGGCCAUCUUGGAAGAGAAGAGGCAAGGAGGGCCUGCCAUUGGUGCCAGGAUUGCUGAAUACUCCCAACUGUAUGACCAGAUCGUGUUCAGAGAGACACCCCCUAAAGGACAGAAGGAUGGCUGGCCCAGGACCCAAGAACCCUCUCUCCACAGGCCUGUGUCACCUUCCCAGGCCCAGCGUGCUGGUGAGGACUGGCUUUGGCAUUCGCCCUACAGUAACGGAGAGUUAGCCGAUUUCUGUUCCCAGCCAGAGCAAGACUCAAAGUCAAAAUAUCCCACAUUAGAGGCCAUCACCAAAAGCAUUCCCAGACAGUUGUCGGCAGCUUGUUCCGUGCCUUCUCUUCAAGAAUCGGAGCCCCUGCUGGGCUCGGCCCAGCGCUGCAGCGUGGUGGUUAGCCAGCCCCACAGAGAGGACUGUCAGGGCUAUCUUUACAACUCGCUGGGCCGCAAAGCAGUCGGAGCUAAACUCCAGCCUUAUAGCAGGCCCCAGUCAUCUUCCUCAAUCUUGAUAAACAAAUCUCUUGACUCCAUCAACUACCCAAGUGGGACAGAAAAAAAGCCACUGCUGUCUCUACAGAAAAGUUCCAGAGGUGCGAGCCAACAGGACUUGCUGUCGGGUGUGGUGGACUCACGUCAACAGGACACUGGAAAACGCUCUGAUCUUACCCUCCAAGACUCACAGAAAGUUCUGGUGGUGAAUAGAAAUUUACCCUUAAGCGCCCAAGUAGCGACACAAAACUACUUUUCUAAUUUCAAAGAGACUGAGGGAGAUGAAGAUGACUACGUGGAAAUAAAGUCAGAAGAGGAGGAAGUGGGGCCGGAUCUCUCUCUGAGUCGGGGCAGGAAAUCUGACCCAAAUAUCCCAGACCCUGGCUGUUCUGGAAACAUUUGUAACCACGGCACGUCUUGCUCUUUGAAAGAGCCCGUGAGCGGCAGGCUUGGGCUUCCCCCUUACUUGACAGCAUGUAAGGACUCCGACAAACUGAAUGAUUAUCUGUGGAGGGGGCCAUCACCCAAUCAGCAAAACCUUGUCCAGUCUCUGAGGGAGAAAUUUCAGUGUCUCAGCUCCAGCACCUUCGCCUAGGAUUCUAGAACUGUCCGAAUUGGCUCCUCAGGCUUACCAGUUACCAAUAGGGAUGAGGUGUUUUGUUGUUUUUUAAAUAUAUGUACUAGUUGAAAACAAUUUUGUAACUGCCAGGGGUGUAAAACACCCUUUCCUUGCUUUAUAGCACUGCGGCGCUUUGUGCUGGCUGACCGUGACGUUUCCCCCGUAUCCUGACCGUAGCGCACUUACAGCUCUUAGAUGACCCCCCCUCCCCAUACCCCGAGGAGUUUCUUACUGUGACUCAGAGGCAGCAUGAGUCUCUGUCACAGUGCUUCAAAAGAGAAAGUAGAGUUAUUUAAAGAGUUCUAUGUGGCAUUUCUGUUAUAUUUAUGGCAAGACUCAAGAAUGACGCGUGCCAGAGACCGGUGAUGAGAAUAUAGCCUCAUCGUGUCUUAAGGUCUCCCCACUGGUGUUCCGAUUGCAUUUCAUUUGGAUGCCGACAUGACGUGACUACUGGAAAAACUAAAAUGCAGUCCUAGGAUCCACUUGCUAUUAGAAAACAAAACAAAAAAGACCAAAAAAAAAAAACCCACAAAAAAACCCUUUACCUGUGUUCCUAGACAAGGCCCAGAUGGUAUGCCACUAAUCAUGGUAAUUCUACAAUUUCUGGGGUGAAAUAAACUAUCUUUUCAUGUCUUGAAAAUUCCAAGCUCAAAAAAAAAAAAAAAAAGUAAGACAACUUAAUUAAUAGAUGAGGGAGACUUCUGGAACAACCUGAUUGUUUCUUCAUAUGGCACCUAAAAAAGAACUGCUCCCCCAAACACCACAACCCAAAGCCCCCACUCUACUGCUUUAUAUGCCCACCUCUCACCAACACAGAGUAGAUCCUCAGUUAAAAUAAGACAAAACACAUGAAUGACUUGUCUAGAGCAGUUCUUCAUAGACCCUUUUCUGAACGCCCUACUUGAGAAGUCUUUGUCACAGAGAUGGGAGUUUCAUUUCUAAACAAUGGUGGCAUGGGGCCUCCUUCAGUGUUUCAGAACAUAUAGAAGACCUGAGCCUCUGGUUGCUAGGCUCUGGCUAGUCACUUCCUCUCCGUUGUAACUGUAGUUCUCUACAGCAUUGCACUGUGAUACCACACCAAUCUAGCUCCUUGGAGAUAGGCACGGAAGAUGCAAAGAGAGAAAUGAAGACAGACGUGUUGCUGCUUCAGAAAAGCGUUUUAAUGAAGGCCUUAUAAAGGCUGUCGGACUUUUGUCUUGCAGUACCGUGUUCUCAUUUUACACAGGGGAAUAUUCUGGAGUCUUUCCUCACCCUCUCAGUUUCCAUUUUAACUUAUUUCUCUUUGUUCAAAUUAAACAGUCAGUUCCAUUUAGAAAGAUAUGAUAGGAAUUGUUGGGAAACAUGUCUGGCCUAUCGUAAUGGUAAGCCGUAAUAAUGAAUCACACACAGCUUCCCAUGAUCCUUUUCUUCUUGUUAACUCCAGGCCCCUUUCCGUUUCAACUGUGCAACAUAAAAAUGUGACCAUCCUUAUGUUACAAAUAAGUUCCUAUGGCGUUUCUGUUGUUCUUGUUGCUUUGAGUUUCCUGUCCUUCCGAACCCUUCACUCUUCCUGUAGUGACCGAGACAACAUUUGGGGAUAAAGGUGACACUUGGUGGUGGAGCCCUUGCCUCGAGUUCUCAGGCCCUGACUGACCCCUAGCACUGAUUUACAUGGUUCUGAAAACAUUCCUUUUUCCCCCCAAUGCUUUUAUUUAAGCAUGACGUUAGUUUUCCAGAUAAAGCAACAGCAGAAAAGACGAGAACUCUGUUCUUAGAAUUUACUAGACAAGUGCAAACACAUUUGUGUCAUUUGUUUGGUUUGCUUGUUUUUUUUAAAGUUACCUGACCCUGUUUCAAGAGAUGUAGUUUACUGUUUUGUUUUUUCUUUUUGUCUGUGUGACGCACAUUCCAAUAUAGUCCACGUUACUGUUCUGUCUGAGUCUCAGAAAUGAUAAAUUCUUCACACCAGUGUCUUGUUGCACAGUUUGGUGUCAGCCUACAAAGGUGGGUGUUGUACAAAAUGACUAUGUAUUCAGUCCUUUGGGUUCUAGGAUAAAUCUGUAGUUUUAUUGAUCACCUCUGUGUAGAGGCUGCAGACUUUGAGAGCCGUGUAUGUAUGUGUCUGUGUGUGUCUGUGUGUGUGUGUGUGUGUGUGUCUGUGUACGCAUGCGGAUGCUCCCUCAAUGUUAUCAAUUCAGUGCUUUUGUUUAAAAUGGUUUCUUUUGCAGGUGGGGUGGCGAUGUAUAUACUUGGGGGGAAGUUUUAUGUACUUAAAAGUUCUUACCUGGUUCCUAUACUGAAGGUUCCAAUUUUUUUUAUAUAUAUAUAUAAGUUCACGUUUCACCUCCUUUUUUUCUUUGUGGAGAAAGCAGUGCAUCUUGGAAACCAUGGUUUAAAUACUGUAUAUAUGACAAUUAAAGUUAGUAAUGUCCAUUAUUUAAUAAAGUUUGUAAAGUGCAAAGUAAAA